AUUCAACCCGGUCAGCCUGCUCAUCGAUGUGGUCAAAUCUUUGUUGGUGAUGCAAUUCUAUCUGUAAACGGGUACGACCUUCGAAACGCCAAGCAUCAGGAAGCAGUUGAGAUUCUCAGCUCACAGCAAGGUGACCUGCAUAUGGAAGUGGUUUAUGUAGCUCCCGAACAGGAUUCUGAUGACGAUGGGACGGUGUUGAUCGAAGACGCUGACGGCCGAAUCUACAAUAUGUACAACAACUCGGUUGAAGAGCCGUCAUCAAGUCGAUCGUCAACUACGUCACAUCAAAAUUCAGAGUAA